AUGGCUACCUGGGCUGACGCUAGACAUAAAGGUUCUCCAAGUCCCCACCAGACUCAGGAGCCCAGCUGGCUUCACCCAGCGGAUCCUGCAGCGGGCCGCCCGUGGAGCUGCCUGCCAGUCCCGCGCUGUGGGCCGGCACUCCUCUGCCCUUGGGUGGUGAUGGGACUGGGCGCUGUGGAGCAGCGGGUGGCGCUCGUCGGGGAGGCUGGGCUGCGCAGGAGCCUACGGCAGGGGGGAGUCUCAGGCAUGGCGGCUGCAGGUCCGGAGCUCUGCCCGGCGGGGAGGCAGCUAAGGCCCGGCGAGAAGUGGAGCACAGCAGCUGCUGGCCUAGGCGCUAAGCCCCUCACUGCCUGGGUGGCGGGGCCGGCUGGCCGCUGCGAGUGCGGGGUGGCGGAGCCCACGCCCACCCGGAACUCACGCUGGCCUGCAAGCGGCCCGUGCAGCCCCGGUUCUGGCCCGCACCUCUCCCUCCCCGCCUCCCGGUUAGCUGAGGGAGCCGGCUCCGGCCUGGGCCAGCCCAGGAAGCGGCUCCAACAGUGCAGCGGCGGGCUGAAGGGCUCCUCAAGCGCGGCCAGAGUGGGCGCCAAGGCUGAGGAGGCACGGAGAAAGAGCGAGGGCUGUGAGGGCUGCCAGCAUGCUGUCACCUCUCACCUGGACACCCUCCACUGGUAACAGCAACACCUAGAAUAAUAUUUGAUGAAAUAACUGACACAAUUUGGCACAUAAAACUGACCAUCACACUUGUCACAAACUUGCCACUGAAUUGGUGACUUCUGCAGGCUGGGGCCUAAGCUGCCUCUGCCUCCAGCUUGGGAAGAAGAAAUGUAAUGCCUUUGGUCAAGCCUAGUCUGGACUAGGAAGCAGGUUAUCUUCCAUGACUCAGGAAGCUCACCUAAAGAACAACUAAAAGUCUUGCAAAAAUGGCAAACUACUGCUUUGUCCAUGAACACCGUGUCAACUUCAAAGAUUCACUUCUGUUGGAAAUAAACAGCAUGAGCAGAAGGCUGCCAAGUUACAGAAAAUUUGAAGAUUCUUGAAGAUUCUUUGAUGACAACAACUACUUUUUCAUCAAUUUGAAAGGAUAUUUUAUGAAUAGCCAACAGUUCUAAGAAAAAAAAUGAAGUCAAAGAUACUCAUUGAACAGUUCUAAGAAAAAAAAUGAAGUCAAAGAAAAAAAAAGCUCAUUUUUUCCAUGUGAAUUUCUGAGACUUGGCAGGAUGGCUUCUUGAUGUUGAAGUGCUGAAAAUGCUGAUUUUUUAAUGGUUUUCAAUUGAAGAUGUGGUGAUGACAACAUCCCAAACAUAACUUUGUUCUUCCAAGAGGUAAGAAAAGCGACAUUCGUCUGUCUAAUUUUACAUUUUACCAACUAAGUCAAGCAAUCAGAAAUGGGCUUUACUUGUGUGGAACAAAAAGUAUCUCAGAAGAAGGAGGAGAAGGAGGACAGCAGCAGCAGCAGCAGCAGGAGGAGGAGGAGGAGAAGGAGGAGGAACUAUCCUUUAUUAUUUUUUAAGGAUCCACCUUGGUUCCAGGCAUUAUGCUGGCCACUUGACAUGUUAUCUUUAAUUCCUAAAACAUCCUGCAAGGUAUGAAUUAUUAUUCCAGUUUUGCAGAUGAGGAAAACCAGUCUUGGAAAGGAUACUUGCCUUGUCCUUGCCACACAGGUGUAAGUGGUAGGAGCAGAGAACUCACACCAAGGUCUGGCUUCAAAAGCUUUGUCUUUCAUCAGGCGGGGCUGCCCUAACUCUUGAUCGAUCAGCAUGUGAUCAAGGACAUUUUACAUAAUCUAAACUCCUUUUUAUUUCAUUCAUUUCUCAUAAGUCUCAAGACUAUAUAUUAAAUUCCUAACCUUCUUUGUUAGAAAGGUUGUAGCUAGACCGAAGAAUCAGAAAAAGAUUUAGAUUAUAUCAAAGAUGUAUCUAAUUUUCACUACAUUCUGAGUAGCUGAAAGUGUAGAUGUUAAAUUAAUAUUUUAUAAUAUAUUACCAAGUAUAUAAUGCAUAAUAAAACACAUAUUCCAAGCAGAGAAUAGAUGGGUACCUUUCCUUAUAUUUUAGCUCACCAUAUUCAGCUCACAUAUUUUUAAGUAAUUUAUCUCCAACUUCUAAAAAUAUGGCCUUUAUUCCUUGAUCUUAAUCCUGUUUUUCAUUCAUAGGAAAGUGCUAUUUUUAUGGGCCAGUGAAGCUUAUAUACCAUUGAGUGACAUUUAGAUACUACAGUUAUUUCUGUGUGAGGAGAAUUAAUCUCUUCAAGAAGGAAACUCAGAGUCCUUCCCUCUGUUGCCAGGCCCAUCGCAGAAUAUCUCCAGUUAUGUUUUCUGUUGAGAGAGCACAGCCUUCAAUAGUGUUUUAAAAUUUAAAUGUGAAAAAGUUUUAAGAGCCAAUGUAAUAUUUUGUUUGUUGAACCACUUUUGUAUCAUAUUUUGUGACAGUUAAUUAACAAAUAUAUAUAAAUGUUUUUAUGUAUAAAUUAAUUUUUAUUAGAAAUUAAUGGUACUUGUGUCAGGAUUGUGAAAGUAUUGAGUGUGAAAGUAUGUGAGCAAGUGAGUAAAAAUUUCUGCAGUUGGAAAUGAAUGAAAAAUAUGCUGGAAUAUGUUUAUGAAAAGGGAAUUAUAGCUUUUACACUGAUUUAAAAUUUUAAGGAUCAAGUAACUGAGUUUGAUUCUUUUUAAACAUUGAUUUGAUUUUUACAAUUUAGUUUUAUUUUCAGUCCUGUCUCCAGUAAUCAUUUCGUUUUCUUUCUUUCUUUUUUUAAGGAGAGCUCUCUGACUUUUUUCUUUCUUCAGGCAGUGGAACACAGGCUGGUUAAAUGUACAAUUUUUCUUCCUUUAUCUGCCAUUCUCCUUUCUUCCCUCCUGCCCUUCUUGAAGCUUUAUUCCUUGGUUCCUCUGCAACAAUACAUCCAUUACUGAUGGCUAAACAGACCAAGUAUAAACAACACCGAGAACGUUCUCAGUUUGGCUUUUUUUUUUCUUUGGUCUUUUUUUAGUCUGGCCUUUGGCAAAGGUUCAUGACAGUAAAUUGCUGUAUGAAAAAUGUUAGUUUGGUCACUGGUUGGUAAUUGGGAGUGGACUUGAACGCAUGGUCUUGGUUCAGAUUUCCAUAGUGAGGAGAGGUCACUGUCCCAGUUGGAAAGAAAUUAGCCUUGAGCUCCCGAGUCCUCUGCUGUCAGGACCCCCUGGGAUUGCUUUGUCUGCGUAUUUACCUUUUGGUAUCAAUUUUAUACAUGUGAUCACUAAGCUUUGUUUGAAAAUGUGAUAUAACUGAGGUGGUAAGAUUAACAAAAUGGAAGGCAGAAUGAGAAAAACGAGAAGGAUCAGUUUUGGUAGUGAAAACCCCAAAGAAAGCUUAAAUCCAGCACGAACCAGAUUUUCUUGUUGGUAUUCAGCUUUUAGGUAAAUGACAGAAGUAGGAUGUUUGAAGCAAAGAGUGGAAGGAGAUGAUGGAAACAAUCCUAAUCAUUAAAGCAAGCGACAAAAACAGCAGAAUAGGCGAGUGGGCCUCUGUGUCAGGAGCAGGUGAGGCUAAUAUAUCAGUUCCUGACAGUUGGAUACAUCAGGUUGCACAAAUUACAGGCUUUUACCAAGUGAAUUUUGGAGCAAGCUUAAGGUUUUAAUAUGAAUUCCUUCUGGUGACAAUUAUCAGUUAGAAGGAACUGUGUUACACAUUGUGAAAAGAGGGCACAGAUCUCUGGUCACUGAAUGCUCAGCCUUUUAGUUGUGCUUGGAUCAUCUUGUGUAGCAAAAUGCAUGGCUGAUUUAAACAACAAAAUGGAGGCAGACGUUUUUAGAGAAAGAAAGGGGAGGUGUGCACAAGCUCUUUAGACUUUACUUUUGCGUAGGUAUCAUGGGAAAACAGAUAGCUAGGCCAAAGAAACAUACACAAACAACACAUUCUAUUUACAUCUGUGUCCUUUAAAAACACAAUUACUUUAUAAUCAGUUAUUCUUUUAGCAGGAGAAUUUUUACAUUGCCAGCUCCCCACCUCUCCAGAUGACAAAAAUAAUCAGCUUCUUUCCUCAGUUUCAGUGAUUAAGCAUAUGUGGAAUUUUUCGAUAUGUUAAAUUUUAAUUUCUUUGUUGUGAUUGUUUUAUGACUUUUGAAGGUUACUUUAAAGCAUUUUGUAUUUGAUUUCCUAACAGUUUAAUAGAGUAUCUGUACCUUACAAGGAGACUAAUCAAGUGAAAGAUGUUGUUGUAUGAGAAAUAGGAGAGGGCAUAAAAUGGGGUAACCCAUAGCUGAUUUUCCUUAUCAUUGGAAGAACAAAAGGAAUGACUUUAAUG